AUGGGGGGUGAAAAGGAGAUCGGGUUUACCUCUGCAGAAGGCAAGGUUCCAUUAAUGUUAACAAGGUCGGUAGGCUGGAGACUGGGACUACAGGCUGUGACUGGUGUGGUCUUCACGACCUUCUUCUUGGGCAUCUUCUACAGGUCGGCCUCCCUCUACCACCCACAAAGACGCGCUAUCCUGCACCUCAAGAACCAGAAGAGAAAGCAAGUGAAAGAUAAACACAAAAUAGACUCGGACAAGCCGCCCUACUUUGACCUCAGCUGCCUCAAGUUCCGUUCAGUGCAGGUGCUAAUAACGACGGCAGCUGUGACCUCCGUUGGCCUCUACACCCCUCUCUUCUACCUCAUCCUAGGAGCUCAGCGGGAAGGACUGGAGGACUCUGCUCUAAUCCUGCUGCAGACUUUCCUCGGGUUUGCCUACGCUCUUGGCUGUAUUGGCUUCGGUCUCAUUGUGGUGAAGCAGAGUGCCCAGUGUAUGAUCUCUCGUCAGUACCUGUGUCAAGCCUCCAUCUACGGUCUGG